AAGGACUUGGAAAGGGGGCGUUUGGAGCAUCUUGACUCUUUCUUUUUUCAGUUGCAUAAACCUCUGGGUCCGCGGAACGUGUAUGUCGAUAUAAAUACUUCUUUUUUCUGGGGUCCAGCGGCAUAUCGACUUUGGGAUCCGGGCCGUGGAGUAGUUUUAACAGUGAAAUCGAAAGUGUUAAUCGGCAGAAUGGCGUUCCAAAUUAUCCUCGCAGCAGCACUCAUCUCCAUGGCAACCGCACAACAAUACACCUACAGAGCCCCACAGCCCUCCCAAAAAACCUACUCACAGGGAUCCCCAGGUUACUCUCAAAAGGCGGUCACCUACACUCAGCCAGCCGCCUCCUACGCUCCUGCCCCCGCCUACGCUGCCGGACCCGCCGCCGCCUAUGCUGCCGCCCCCGCCUACCCAGCUCCAGCUCCCGCCUACCCCCAGGAAGCCCCCGCCUACAGCCCAGGCGCAGCCUCGUCCUCUCAGUUCAUUUCUUUCUUCGGCGGCCACGGACAGCUGUACAAUGAGCACCCCCAGGCAGCAGCCCCAGUUUCCGCCUACCAGCCUGAAUCCGCCCAGUCUGACGGACAAUACGCCUACAACCAAGAAUCCGCCUACGGUGGUCAGUCUGCGGACGAGUCUUACGGACAACAGGGCGCAGCUGUAUUCUCCGCCCCCACCUACCCCGCCGGAUCUUUCAAGCCCGCCGCAUCUAGCGCCGGAUCCGCCUACAAGUCUCAGUCUGGAGGCUCCUCCGCCUACUCAGCACCCACCUACAAGCGGGCAUCGCCGAAGACUCCCUCUUACAAAGGAUCCGGAGCCUCUUCCGCUGGGGAAUCUGGAUCUUCUUACGGUACCCAGACUGAGUCUUCUUACGGAGCUUCCGAGGAAUCUUACGGAGAGCAAUCCAGCGGUGCUUACAAAGGACAGUCUGGAGCUUCUGUUUACAGCAGUCAGGCAGGUAGUGCGGGUGCCGGAUACAGCCCACAGUCCGGCUACUCGUCAGCACAGCAGGCAAAAUCAGACCCAUCUGCGGUUCAUAGCUCCUACGAGUUCACUAUCGGAUCUGCCCACUAAAAACUUUCUAGUGGAUAAACUCUUUAGAAGUUGAAUGAUGACUUUCUGCGUUCCACUGGUAGUGCUAUUUUGGCGAGCAUCGAACUUGCCACCACUUCGGGUGUGCUAAUCGAUUUUCUGCCAGUUUUUGUUUGAGGUAUUGCACCCUCACGUCUUUCAAGUGUGUCUUUAUCACUAGGUCUAUAAAUGUGUGUAAUUUCCGAGGAAAAACACGAUAUUUUUAUAAGUUUCAUUUUGCUGCUGACCAAAGAAUUGAAAAAAAAAUUAAUAAAUAACUCUUUGUUUUCUUGUUUUCCAA